CGUGAGUAUGGCGGAGGGUUGCUCCGUCGGGAUGAAGUGUGAAGAUCGGGAAAGGAACUCAAAGAUGUCAGCAGUUGUAGUCGUGCACGGUGGCGCGUGGGCCAUACCAAAUGAACUAGCCGAGGCCUCUGUCAGUGGAGUAAAGGCUGCAGCAUGUGAAGGGUUUUCUGUGCUGAAAAGAGGAGGAAAUGCAGUGGAUGCCGUUGAGGCAGCUGUGAGAGCAAUGGAAGAUAACACUGUGUUUAAUGCAGGGCAUGGAGCAGCACUAAAUACUGAUGGAGAGGUGGAGCUGGAUGCCAUUAUCAUGGAUGGAAGCACGCUUGCCAACGGUGCUGUGUCUUGUGUAAAGAACAUUGCCAACCCUGUUUCACUGGCACGGGCGGUGAUGGAAAAGACUGCUCACACCAUGUUGACAGGCAGAGGUGCUAACAUGUUUGCAGAGAGCAUCGGUGUGGUCACGGCUCCCACUGAGACACUGGUGUCUGAGUAUGAGAGGAGAGAAUGGGAGAAACACAAGAAUUAUGUCACUGGAGUCAUGGAAGAUUUCAACUGUCAGUGGGCCCAUGAUACUGUGGGGGCAGUUGCUGUGGACUGUGCUGGUAACGUUGCAUGUGCAACAUCAACUGGAGGGAUCAGAAAUAAAAUGGUUGGCAGAGUAGGAGACUCUCCCAUUAUCGGCUGUGGAGGAUAUGCAGACAACUUCAGUGGUGCAGUGUCUUGCACCGGUCAUGGAGAGUCCAUUCUUAAAGUCACACUGGCCAGACUCAUUCUUUCACAUAUUGAACAAGGUAAAUCAGUAGCAGAUGCUUCACAGUUGUCUCUGAAGUACAUGGGAGAUCGUGUUCGAGGUGCAGGUGGUGCGAUUGUAGUUUCUCCUUCGGGGCAGUGGGCAGCCACAUUUACCACAGAGCGGAUGGCUUGGGCAGCUGUGGAAAAUGAUGUUCUGUGGUAUGGAUUAGACCCAAAUAAAAGAUUAAAAGAACAGUUGUCCAAAUAACCAUUUUAACUCUUUUAAUAACCAUUUUUCCCUCCUUAUUAGUAAUUGAAUUUAGCAUUAUAUUAGGGAAUGAUAUUUCAAAUAUGUUUUCUACUAAUUUACUACUGUUGUCUGUAGCCAGAUUCAAUAAGUAGUGUUUUCUUUUUUCUAA